UACUCAAGCUGUUUUCAUGAAUGAAACUGCUUAAACUCAGCGUGUUUGCUGUCAGAAUUAGAGAAAUUUGUUUGUAAACAGGAUUAGUGGACCUGAUAUAAAUUUGAAUUUUAUUUGCUUAUGAUAUCCAGUUAGCUCAUACUUUUACCAGAAAAAGGAAGUAAUCACAAUGCCCCUUUGCCGGGUUUGCGCCAUCCCGGCCGACGACUCCGCCAUGUUCCGGCUGUUUGACGAUGCGGAGGGGCCGCUGGAGCUGGCCGAGAUCUUCCUGCAAGUGUCUGGAAUCGCCAUCCAGGUUGGGGAUUCUAAACUUCCCAAAUGCUGCUGCCAACGAUGCCGGAACCGGCUGCAAGAGGUGGAAGAUUUGAGGGCGUUGUGCCAGGAAUCGGACCGGAAGUUACGCAAAAUGAUUGGCAUUACGGUAAAGGAAGAGGAAGAAAGUGAGGAGCUAUAUGGAAAUGACGGUCGUGCGAUUCCGAAAGUGGAAAUGCUGGAACUUGAUGAAUCUUACUCUCACUGGGAUGACAUGGGGAAUCAGUUGGAUUUUGACGAUGGCCGGAGGGAAUGUAAUGAUGAUGAUAAACCGUUUGAUUUUUUACAAAACAAGAGAGACGAAACAAAUAUGGCCACGAUUGGUAUUUCGGAAAAUGUAGAAAAGUGUUAUUUCUCAGACGACAGUAAAGAUGGAGAUCCCGACUUUACAGCAGAGAAAACUUCUCAAAAUACGGGUAGAAAGAAAAAGGAAGACCUCAAAAAGCGUGGAAGAAAACCCAAAAUCCAAGAUCCCGCCCAAGAAGCUCAACCAAAGGUUCUCAAAAAGCGUGGUCGAAAACCCAAAAUCCGGGAUCCAAACGCAGACCCGAAGGAGGAAAAGCAAAAGAAAAAGGCAUCGGAAUCGCUUUGCUGUACUGCGUGCGGUAAAGUUUACAAAUCGCUGUUUGCCCUGCGAGAACACGAGACAACUCAUACAUUAGAAAAGAGGUUCAAAUGUGAAAUUUGCGGAAUGGAAUUCGGCAAGCGAACCAUAUUUAUCUUGCACGUUAAACGACAUGAAACGGAGGGAAAAUUCAAGUGCAGCGAAUGUGAAAAGGCAUUCCAUACGGAAAAGCUGCUCAACCAGCACAUUCAGAUUAGACAUCGUGGCGAACGCCCUUUCCACUGCAAGUUGUGUCCAAAAACGUAUCCCCGAGCAUCUUCGUUGUAUGUGCACGUCCAGACAUUCCACGAGAAGAUUAAGAAAAAGAUAUACAAAUGUGAUAUUUGUACAAGAUCGUUCGUGAAUCGACACGGUUAUGAACGUCACAUGAACAGCCAUCAAGGCUUGAAACUCAAUCAAUGCCCCCAUUGUGGUAACAAGUACGAGUUUAGGGCGUAUCUGCUGCAGCACAUUGCCGAGAAACAUCCGGAAACGGUGCCGAAUCUCACCCGGUGUCAAUACUGUGGAUUGGGAUACAGCACGGAUGGAUACUACCGGAAACACAUCGUCAAGAGACAUCCGGAACAUUUGACACUGUUUGAUCAGUUGAUGAAGGAAAAACGAGAAGCGAUACUAGCGGGAAUGCCGACGACAACUGUUACGAGUCAGGAAACCGGUGGUUCUUUCAGUUAAAGCUGUUGUCGUUAUAGUGGUAUACGCACUUCGGAAGGAACCGGUCAAGAAAAGAAAUCAAAUGGGCAGCAGCGGCAGUGAAAGCAAGCCAGAGAGGGUGAAGAAAAGCUCCAAGAAAUCGUUGCCGCUCCUUGUUCUACUGUUCGUAAAGCUGUUUCUUGACCCCUUUCCUUCCGAUCUGCGUACUAGCCUUAUAGGUAAAACCAACAGGUUAAAAUGCAUUAAGCCCAAAAGUUAUGCCGGUAUAAUCUUGAGGAAAACAAUAUGCUCUCUUGUUCACUUUCUUACCCAGUUUGUCUUCUGAGAAAAAUUCUGUUUAUAAAUAUUUAGAUUACAAUAAUUUUAAUUUUUAUGAGUGGCUAAUGUAAAUUUUAAAAAUUGUUCCAUUGCUAGUUAUGUUGAAA